CCAAUAAGACAAACGUGUGUUUGCCUUGUGCUGCAAUAGGUAAAUGCAGUGGGAAAGAGAGGAGAAGUGAAAUUUUGCUGAGAUUAACACCCACAAAUGUGUGUUGCUGAAACUGACAUCCGCACAGACCCAACGCACGCUGGCUGCCAUCAGACCACAAGGAGAAUGUUCUUGUUGUGCUCGCUGCUCGUCCUCAGUGCCCUUCGCUAUGAAUGCUCUAGUCAGGCACUGGCCAGCCCUUCGUGCCCACCUCUGUGCCACUGCGAGGAAGAUGGCAUUCUGCUGUGGGUCGAUUGCUCAGAACUCGGGCUUGCAACCGUGCCGGACAACCUAAGCCCAUUGACUUCUUACCUAGACUUGAGCAUGAACAAUAUUGAUGACCUGCAGCCAAAUUCUUUUGAAGGUCUUCACUUCUUGGAAGAGCUACGGCUGUCCGGAAAUCACCUAGCACAGAUUCCCGUUGAGGUUUUUACUGGUCUCUACAAUUUAAAAGUCCUAAUGUUACAAAACAAUCAGCUGAAGAGGCUCCCGAGUGAGGCGUUGUGGGACCUACCCAACCUCCAAUCACUGCGUCUGGAUGCAAAUCUGAUUUCAGACAUACCUCCGAACAGCUUUGAAGGGUUGCAGUCCCUCCGACAUCUUUGGCUCGAUGAUAAUGCCUUGACUCAAAUUCCUGUUCAAGCUCUCAACAAGUUGCCGUCACUUCAGGCAAUGACACUGGCUCUCAACAAAAUAGCAUACAUCCCCGACUCUGCUUUUGCCAACUUAUCCAGCCUCGUUGUACUGCAUCUCCACAACAACAAUAUUCAGUCCCUUGGAAGGAAUUGCUUCGAUGGACUCCACAGCUUAGAAACACUAGACCUGAAUUAUAAUGACUUGGAUGAAUUUCCGAUAGCCAUCAGAACUCUAAGCAAGCUUCAGGAACUGGGAUUCCAUAACAACAAUAUCAAAACAAUCCCAGAAAAAGCUUUUGUUGGAAAUCCAUUACUUCAAACAAUUCAUUUUUAUGAUAACCCGAUCCAGUUUGUGGGGAAAUCAGCCUUUCAGUAUCUGCCAAAGCUUCACACCUUGUCACUAAAUGGAGCAAAUGAAAUAAAGGAAUUCCCGGACCUUAAAGGAACAACCAGCCUGGAAAUACUGACCCUGACACGAGCUGGAAUCACCUCACUUCCCAGGGGACUCUGCCAACAACUCCCAAAUCUGCGAGUGUUGGAAUUAUCAUACAACCAAAUUCAUAUAUUACCAAGUUUUCACAAUUGCCAGAAGCUUGAGGAAAUCGGCCUCCAGCACAAUAGAAUCACUGAAAUCCGAGCUGACACGUUUCGACAACUAAUGGCUCUGCGUUCUCUGGACCUGAGUUGGAACGAUAUAGCGUUCAUUCACUUUGACGCUUUUUCGUCAUUGCGUUCUUUAAAAAAGUUGGAUCUCACAUUCAACCAGCUUUCUUCCCUCCCGUUGAAUGGACUCAGUGGACUAACACAUCUGAAGCUGAAAGGAAACAUGGCACUAUCAAAGUCCUUUUCAGAAGAAAGUUUUCCCAAGCUGAGGGUCCUGGAAAUGCCAUUUGCUUAUCAGUGCUGUGCAUAUGCGUCAUGCAAAAAUAACCACAAACAGCUCAACCUGUGGGAUGCAGAUGCAACGAUACGUGACGAUGAAGAUGGGCAGAAAAGAGCAACGGGAGUAUUUCCUAUCCAGCCAGAGAGUAAUUAUUACUUGCAUAUGGAUGACUUCCAGUUGGAUGUGGAAGAUCCCAAACUACAUCCCAGUAUUCAGUGCACACCUGCGCCAGGUCCAUUUAAUCCAUGUGAAUACCUCUUUGAAAGCUGGAUAAUACGCCUCGGAGUUUGGGGGAUUGUUCUUAUCUCUGUGGUGUGCAAUGGUCUAGUCAUCACAACUAUAUAUGCGUCACCCAGCUAUCUAUCUCCAGUGAAAUUUGUGAUAGGUUUGAUAGCAGGGGCCAACAUGCUGACAGGGUUGUACAGUGGCACCUUGGCAAUUGUUGAUGCAAUGACCUUUGGGCAAUUUGCAAAGCAUGGUGCAGAAUGGGAGACGGGUAUGGGAUGCAGAAUCACCGGAUUUGUGUCUGUGUUUGCCUCAGAAGCAUCUAUACUGUUCCUGACUCUGGCUGCCGUUCAGUGCAGCAUCUCUGUGUCCUGUGUUCGUGCCUAUGGGAAAUCACCAUCUUUCACCAGUGUGAAAUUCGCUGCCUUUUGCUGCACAAUCCUAUCAUUCAGUGCAGCUGCGCUGCCUCUCUGCUCAGUCGGUGAAUUUGGGACCACACCACUUUGCCUCCCAUCACCUGUCCCUGGUGGGAAAUCUUCUACUCUGGGCUUCAUGGUAGCUCUGAUUAUGAUGAAUACCCUUUGCUUCCUUGUUAUAACUGGAACCUACACCAAACUUUACUGUGACCUAAUGAAAGGGGAGUUUGAUAGCAUCUGGGACUGUGCCAUGAUUAAGCAUGUGGCUUGGUUGAUCUUCACCAACUGUAUUCUGUAUUGCCCCGUGGCCUUUCUUACAUUUUCUUCCCUACUCAAUCUUUUCUUAAUCAGUCCGGACGUAAUUAAAUCGAUCCUCCUCGUGGUUCUUCCCCUGCCCGCUUGCUUAAACCCCUUGCUUUAUCUGUUAUUCAAUCCACAUUUCAAAGAGGAUCUCCGCAUGCUCCGGGAGUGCAAAUGGCAGAAGCGGUGCCAGUCUAAACAGACCAGCCACGAUUCCCUCAGCUCAGAAGAUGUCGACAAACAGUCGUGCGAUUCCACCCUGGCGCUGAUGACCUUUGCCGAUAAUGAAAUCAUCCUCGAUCCAUCUGAAAGCCUCGGCAUGCUGUCAGGUCAUCACCAGAUGAUGCACGCGUACCCCUUUCCACCUGUGACUCUAAUUCCAUGUCAACAGAGGAAAGACAAGGAAGAAAACUGCUCAACGCAACAAUCCUGUCUCACUGAUGAGGAGCUCUUAAUUGCUUCAGAGAAGACAGAGCAAGCACAUAACAACAUUCAAAUCAGUUUCUAUCCAACCAAAGGACCUUCAUUCACAUCAAAUGUAUAAAUGCUUGAAAUGCAUAAUCCCAGGAGGGUCCCCAAACACUGGGAAUCACCUCAUGAUAUAAAGAACUGAUUAAGAGAACAGCAGAUUGAUUGCGAUCAUCAGCAAAAAUCUGUUCAAUCAGUCAACAAAAGGCAUUGCCAUAAAUAUAAGGAAAUAAUGGAUAGGCAGGAGAUGAUUUUUGGCUGAUAUGUGUGAAUAGCAAAACUGAGUACACAUAUGAGCCAGAAACCAAUGAACCACAUUUUCUGUCGGCUUAUAAAAGUAAUUGCGAAACAUUAAGAAAUAGUUCCUUUCACAUUGUUAAGUUAAUUAAAGGGAAAAUCUAUUAGCACUUGAAUCUUAAUGAACCAAUGUAAAUGUAUUCUGUGUUGAACCCAUUGGCAGCUUGCUGAGGUAUGGCAAUGUAAUGUUGUAUAAACUCUACAUUAUAUUUUUACAAUAUUAAUAUGACAAAUUACUCCAGCAAAGGGUAAAUAGUUGAAAUGUUCAUCUCACAUAGUAUCAUAUUCAGAUAGAAAAGCAUAAGUACAUGGUGCCUUUAAAGUGCUGAUUUAAAAAAAAUAUUUUGGUAUCUUUGUAGAAGUAAAUGUUAAAUGAACAAUAGAAAUAUAUUUAUUACAAUAGAAACCUUUCUCCAUAGAGACCUUUAUAAAUCCUUCUUUUUCGUACAAUCGGACCACAGAACAGAUGAUGUAUAGUAAAACUACCUCUUACUAGUACGCUAUAUAUUGCUUUACUGACAAAAAUGUUACUUUUUAUAAGAACUGUUUAAACUGCUUAGUUGUAAAAAUAUAGAAAGUUAUUUGGAUGUACAUAUGUUAUGUACUGUACUCUGUUUUUAUGAGACUAAAAUUAGCAAAUUGAUGUCAAAGUAAAUCAUUCUUUUCUUACA